CUCCAUUCCUCUCCCUCCGUUCCUCUCCCUCCAUUCCUCUCCUUCCAUUUCUCCUCCUCUAUUCUGCCCGUCCCGGCCCUGCCACCCCUCCCAACACCAUGUCGGACCGGCUGGGCAAGCCCACUUGCCUCCUCGUCGCCAGCGCCGCUACCGCCGGUGUGUCAGCCCAGUCCUUCCUGCACUGCUUCACGCUGGCCAGCUCUGCUUUUAAUCUGCAAGUUGCAACUCCGGGGGGGAAGCCCAUGGAUUUUGUGGAUGUGAAGGAGAGCAACGCUCGCUGGAUCCAGGAUUUCCGGAUGAAAUCCUACGCCAGCCCUGCCAAGCUGGAGUCCAUUGAUGGUGCCAGGUACCACGCCUUGCUGAUUCCAAACUGUCCUGGAGCUAUGACUGACCUGGCAAACAGUGGGUACCUGGCAAAGAUACUGCAGCACUUCAGCACUGAGAGCAAGCCCAUCUGUGCAGUUGGACACGGAGUUGCAGCCUUGUGUUGUGCCACCAAUGAGGAUAAAUCCUGGGUGUUCCAGGGGUACAGCCUGACAGGGCCCUCUGUGUAUGAGCUGAUAAGGCAGCCAAACUUUGCCAGUUUGCCCAUAAUUGUGGAAGAUUUUGUGAAAGACACUGGAGCCACGUUCAGUGCCAGCAGUCCGGAUGCUGUCCACGUGGUGCUGGACAGGCACCUGGUGACAGGGCAGAAUGAGAAUUCCACUCUUCCUGCUGUCCAGAAUCUUCUGAUCCUCUGCAAUGUCAGGUGAAUGUGUGUUUCAAGUCCUUUCCUGGCUGUGGACUAACGGGUGGUGUCAUGUUUGGAUGUGUUUCAUUCAGCAGGAAAUGAAGGAGCAGGGCUCUUUGCAAAUAGCAUGGAUGAAGAGCCAGCAGGCUAAGGGAAUUUCUUGUCUGUUAACUGGAUAAAACAUCUCUAAAGUUCUGUCCUGGACUGUGAAGUGACUGUGACAGUGAAGUGGCAAUGUCAGGUUUUGCACAUAUAGACUGGAUGAAGGUUGGGAGUAAGAAAACCUUGGAGUGCAACUGGGAGAAACCACCUUGCAUUUUGGUCACUGCAUUUUUUUUUUCACUGCUUCUCUCUAGACCAUGAAGUUACAGAUGUGGGAACUUUGUUAGAGGCAAAGUUGGUGCUAAAAAUACAGAUGCUGAAGACCUUGGCUGAUGUUACACUGGUUUUUUAGUGACUUUGCCCCAAAGAGGACUUGGAGCUCUGUGACCCAUCAGGUGGUUUUGUUUCCAGUAUCCAAAUCUACUCCCAGAGCUUCAGUUGUGGUUUCAGUUGUGUUCUCACCUCUUGGUGGGUGACAGAGUCACUGCCUGGGACACAGGAUGGCAAAUACUGAGCUCAAGUCUGAAUAAAGCAGAAGCAGUGGUGUGAAGGCAGCUCACUGUGGUGAUGAGAUGUCAUUGUUUCCUUCCUUGGCUGUUCGCAUUAUUGGACUCCUGUUGAAAAACUUUGCUCAGCUGUUUAUGAAUGGUCCCCUGGCUGGU